GAUAGUAGAUACUAAGACCUAACAAUGGACGCUGACCUGUACGAUGAGUUUGGUAAUUAUGUCGGCCCUGAGUUAGACAGUGAUGAAGAAGGAGAUGAUAAUGAUAAUAUAGAUGAUGAUGAUGAUAAUGAUGACUUGGAAAGAGAGGAAGAUGAAGAUAUGGAACAAGAUGAUGAUGAUGGAAACGAGAUGCAGGUCGUUUUACAUGAAGAUAAAAAAUAUUAUCCUACCCCAGAGGAAAUUUACGGACCUGAAGUCGAGACCAUCGUCCAAGAAGAAGACACCCAGCCUCUCACGGAACCAAUCGUAGCACCUGUUAAAAUCAAGAAAUUCUCGAUGGCUGAACAAGAUCUACCUACUACCACUUACAAUAUGGAAUUUUUAGCUGAUUUGAUGGAUACCCCAGGUUUAAUCAGAAACGUGACUUUAUGUGGCCAUCUUCACCAUGGAAAGACGUCGUUUGUGGAUUGUUUAUUUGAACAGACUCACGUUGAUAUCGCUGGGAAAGAAGAAAAAGAUUUGAGAUACACCGAUAUUUUGUUUACAGAACAAGAGCGGGGAGUGAGUAUUAAAUCUACGCCAGUAACAGUUGUCAUGCAAGAUACUAAAAAUAAAUCUUUCUUAAUGAACGUCAUUGAUACACCAGGUCAUGUGAAUUUUUCUGAUGAAGUGACAGCAGCUUUAAGAAUUAGUGAUGGAGCUGUUGUAUUUGUGGAUGCUGCGGAAGGGGUGAUGUUGAAUACAGAAAGAUUAAUAAAACACGCUCUACAAGAGAAGGUGGCAGUGACUAUUUGUAUUAACAAGAUUGAUAGGUUAAUACUAGAGUUAAAAUUACCACCGACAGACGCGUAUUAUAAACUACGUCAUAUUCUAGACGAUAUCAACAGCAUCGUGAGUUUAUAUACAGAAGAUGAAGACGCUAGUUUGAUAUCUCCUAUCGUAGGCAACGUUUGUUUUGCCAGCUCAUAUUACAGAUUCUGUUUCACUCUGAAAUCAUUCGCUCAGAUUUAUUCAGACACUUACGGUGGUAUAAACGAAAAAGAGUUUGCUAGAAGAUUAUGGGGCGAUAUGUAUUUUAACAGUAAAACGAGGAAAUUCACGAAGAAGGCGCCUAGUAAUACAGCCCAGCGGAGUUUCGUCGAGUUUAUUUUGGAACCAUUAUAUAAGAUCUUCGCACAAAUUGUAGGAGAUGUUGAUACAUGUAUACCUCAAGUUUGUGAUGAGUUAGGAAUCCAUCUUGGUAAAGAAGAACAGAAGUUAAAUAUUAAACCAUUACUACGAUUAGUUUGUAGUCGUUUCUUCGGCUCUUUUACUGGUUUUGUUGAUAUGUGUAUAGAACACGUCCCCUCCCCACAAGAUAAUGGUAAAUCCAAGAUAGAACAUCUUUAUACUGGUCCGUCUGAUUCUGAAUUAGCCGAGGAGAUGUUUAACUGUGAUCCGGAGGCAAGUUUUGAACUUUUUAUUUUCUUUAAAAAAAACUUUCAGGGCCCGCUAAUGAUCCACACCACGAAACUCUACCCCACAAACGAUGCUACGUGUUUUCAUGUGUUUGGACGUGUUAUGAGUGGAACGCUACACGCCAAUCAAGAGGUUAGAAUUUUGGGAGAAAACUACACACUACAAGAUGAAGAAGAUUCACGAUUUGGACAAGUUGGUCGAUUAUGGAUCGCUGAAGCCAGAUAUAAAAUCGAAGUGAAUCGUGUAUCAGCUGGAAACUGGAUAUUAAUCGAAGGAAUCGAUCAACCGAUUGUAAAAACUUCCACCAUUACUGAUGUCUCUACUAAUGAUGAGGUGUACAUUUUCCGUCCAUUGAAGUUUAACACCAGUUCUGUCAUCAAGAUUGCUGUCGAACCAGUUAAUCCGUCAGAAUUACCUAAAAUGUUAGAUGGUUUACGUAAAGUCAACAAGAGUUACCCUCUCCUGACUACCAAGGUAGAAGAAUCAGGUGAACAUAUAGUAUUAGGUACAGGAGAACUCUAUCUCGAUUGUGUCAUGCACGAUUUACGUAAAGUCUAUUCCGAAAUAGAUAUUAAAGUGGCUGACCCUGUGGUAUCAUUCUGUGAAACAGUUGUAGAGACAUCCUCUUUAAAAUGUUUUGCUGAAACUCCCAACAAAAAAAACAAACUAACAAUGAUAGCCGAACCACUCGAGAAAGGACUGGCCGAGGACAUAGAAAAUGAAGUAGUACAGAUCACAUGGCCAAGAAAGAAGUUGGGAGAAUUUUUUCAGACCAAGUACGAUUGGGAUUUGUUGGCUGCCAGAUCUAUUUGGGCGUUUGGACCUGACGCGACGGGACCUAAUAUUUUAGUUGAUGAUACUCUACCAUCAGAAGUUGAUAAAACGUUACUUAGUGCUGUCAAAGAUAGUAUUGUACAAGGUUUUCAGUGGGCCACACGAGAAGGCCCCUUAUGUGAUGAACCUAUCAGAAACGUAAAAUUUAAGAUAUUGGAUGCCAUGAUUGCUGGUGAACCUAUACACAGGGGCGGAGGGCAGAUUAUACCCACCGCUAGACGUGUAGCUUAUUCUGCCUUUCUUAUGGCAACUCCAAGAAUGAUGGAACCAUACUAUUUUGUAGAAGUGAUGGCACCGGCAGAUUGUGUAUCAGCUGUUUAUACGGUACUAGCUAAACGAAGAGGUCAUGUGACACAGGAUGCUCCAGUCCCAGGUUCACCAUUAUAUACGAUUAAAGCUUUCAUCCCAGCCAUUGAUUCGUUUGGUUUCGAAACUGAUCUCCGUACCCAUACACAGGGCCAGGCUUUCUGUCUCUCUGUCUUCCAUCAUUGGCAGAUUGUACCUGGAGAUCCGUUAGAUAAAAGUAUAAUAAUUCGACCACUAGAGGCCCAACCAGCCACGCAUUUAGCUCGUGAAUUUAUGAUCAAAUCCAGACGCAGAAAGGGAUUAAGUGAAGAUGUCAGCAUCAACAAGUUUUUCGAUAAUCCUAUGUUGUUAGAAUUAGCUAGACAAGACGUUUUGUUGAAUUAUCCCAUGUGAAAAACUUUAUCAUAAGAUGGUGGACACAAUUUUAAAUUGGUUGGUUGGUAGAUGACAAGUUAACGUCUGCUUCCAACAAACUCAAAUUUCAAAUAGUGCUGUAAAACUUAUUCUGAAUGGAUUUCAAAUUUUCAUAUUUUCAUUUUGUUAAUUAAAGAGAUUGUAAAGAAGUUUUCUAAAUUUUUUAUGUGUAUCAGGGACACUGAUAGCAUCAAUUUACAUCAUUCUAAUUUUCAAUCAGAUGUCUGUGGUUCUUGUUAAAGAGAUUGUAAAGAAGUUUUCUAAAUUUUUUAUGUGUAUCAGAGACACUGAUAGCUCCAAUUUUCAAUCAGAUGUCUGUGUUUCCUGCAAUUCUACUACAAAUACAGGAACCACAGACAUCUUAGUCUUGUGACAAAUAUGGCCUUUUGGAAAUGUACAAUGAAUUUCGAGUUUCUUUAUUCCGUCAUUCUUUGUGUUUCAUUUCAUUGUGAAAUAAAUAUCUGUAAAUACAGAAUAAACAUUAUUAUUAUAU